GUAAAGAAACAAAAUUAUCAGUUGAAGACAAUGAAGAAGUGAUGAAAGUUUUAAUAAGUGCGACACAAAUCCCGUCGUAUUCUUGAAUCAGUUGAUAAAUAAUGAUUUUUAAUAAACAAUCUGCAUAGACUACUUGUGAUUAGAUUGAGGGACGGCGAUUUUCAGUAAUAUCUUUUGAUUCGCAUAAAUUUAUAUCGAAUACGUCACUUAAUAUCGAUUUGAAUCCCAAAUCAAUUCAUUGGAUUGACAUUAUUUAAACUACGAUGCUGUUAAAAUGCUACCAGAUGUGCUUAGCUUACAACAUUGGCUAUUCCAAAUUAAGUGUGAUAUUUCAUUUCGUAUUAUUUUCAUGCAUUAUUUUUUCAAAUUUCGACCCGAUUUUGUGCAUAAAUAGAUACAAUAAAGUUCCGAAUGAUUGCAAUGAAAUGCCUGAAUACUCGUCUGUAAUUCGACGUCCAGGUGAUGGUGGCUUAGAAAUUCGUAUUCAGCUUUUGCCACCAGAUGCAAAACGUCGACGUGGUAGUGGUAAUAAUGGUCAAGUAAUUCUACAUUCAUCUGAUUUAAGUUCACCAAGCUACAAACCAGUAGUUCAUUACCUAAAUGGUAGGGAUUAUCUCAUUACAGUUGGGCCUAAAUUGCACUCGGGUACAGUUAAAAAUGGAUUACGACUGGAAUCUGUAUACUUGACUGCUGUACCAUUAGGUUCGCCAGAAAGUGAGGAAUUUAAUCAGAGUAAAGGAAGAUUUAUGCCAACAGUUUGUUCAAAUCAUGCCAUCGGAGCUAUUCGUUUUGCAUAUAAUUUUCCUAACCACGUGAGCUUCGUAUGGACAAGUCCAGCUAAUUCAGAAUCAACAAUACUAAAAUAUACACCGAAUGCACAAAGUUUUAAUUCAUGUCUUGAAAUAAGAGCUACAAUCAUACCAUGGCAUUGGCACAGAUUUUAUUUCAAAAAUUCUGGAUCACUUCGUCAUGUAUUAUGCCCAGCAGAAGAUUUACGUCAAAUUGACGAAUGGUCGGAAUAUUUACACUCAAAUACAAAAUUAUUUAGAAAAGUGAAAAGUGAUAAUGUUAAAGCACGAUCUAUCACAAACAUUGGAAAAUUCGAUCAUGAUGAUAGUAAAAAUCAUCGUUACAGUGAUAGUGGUUAUUAUGGAACUGAAGAAUUGGAUUCAUGUUCUGUACAAGAAUUACCAAAACCUGUUCGUACUUGCUGUGCAUGUAAUACAGCUAUUUAUCGUCUAAUUAUACAAUCGGAAUGGCAACAACAACAACACUGGAGAGAUUGGCCUACUACACCAACUGGUGCCAGUGGAUCAACAACUGAAAAUCCACAUUGGAGUGAAAUUCUUGGUGCUUCACACAGCCCACAAUAUGACAUUUUUCAUGCUGGUGGCUAUGCAUCACCCGCUGUUGAUGCAUUAUGCACUACAAGUGAUGUAUCCAAAUUGGAAAGUGAAUUUCGUAAUCAAGCAGGUGAGAAUAUAUUAACUGUUAUACGUACAAGAGGAAUUGAUUCUAUGGCUCCACCUGAACAAAGAUUUCGCUCUGCCCUGUUUGCAGUCAACAGUUCUCAUCAUCUGUUAUCAUUUUUAUCACGUAUAGUUCCAAGUCCCGACUGGUGUACAGGUUUAUCAAGAGUUGAUAUAUGUCUACAAAAUUGUUCAUGGCCCUUAAGAAUGCAAUUUCGUUUAGAACCAUGGGAUGCUGGCGUUAUGACUGGGAAUACAUAUAUUCCCAUUGAAAAUUCUGAAAGAUUAAGAGAACCAAAACCAAUGUGUCCAAUAACACCUGAUCUACGACCAAAUACACCAUUUACUGUUUUAACUGAUUACGUAUCUCUACCGAAUUCGGAUUCAUUCAGUUUAACUAAUCUACAUACCAGUGGUUCAAAUACAUUUAGAAAUCCUAAUUUAGGUUUACCAAUGUCAGAUCAAAUGAAUCUAUUAAAUAUUCCAUCGACCAGUGGACGUAUGCGCAGACAAUUUGCACGACUUGGUACUGUUGAACUGGAGUUAUUACGCAUAAAUGAGCAUGAAUCUUGUGCUACCGAAGUUCUUCAAGAAGAUCAAGCUAUGUCAAAAGCAUCAAAUUUUCCCCGUCGUGAUUCUUAUGGAGGGUCUUUUGAUACAAGAAGUGGUACAACAGAGAGUGAUACGAAAAGAACACCAACUGACGUAUUGGGUGCUCGAUGUCAUUUAAGUGAAUGGUCACCAUGGAGUCCAUGCACUCAAGUCGAUUUAGAUACUUGUUCCACUAAUGAGGCUAAAUCAUUCUGGACCAAUACACCACCUCGUAUGUGGCGAACGAGACAUAGUAUAACCCAAUCGAAUAAUGAAGACUGUUUAGCUGCUAAAUUAAAGGAAGAAAAAGCUUGUGAAACGCCUACAGCUAAACAAACCUGUGGACCAAUUCCAAUUAGUACACCUCAUACAAGAAUGAAUUUUAUGGAUACCUGUAAUAAAUUACCUUGGGGUCCAUGGUCUACAUGUAUUAACGCAACAUGUACGCGUCCAGGAAUGAUUUAUCGUUGGAGGCGGUUUUCUGAUCAAGCAUCUAAAGUAGCAUGUGAAAGGCAUCCACUAGCAAGCCAAGUUGAUACUUGUUGGCCACCAUCUAAUUUCCAAUGUUCUUUGACGGAAUUACAAACAGCAUGUCUUGAAGAACCACCAACUCCACAAAGAUUAUGUGUUAGACCAUUGAACACGACUAAACGGUUGGUUUGCUAUAAUACUCAAUAUUUUUACAUUUUUCCUUUCACUCCUUCACAAGUGAAUUUAGUUAAAUUCCAUUUUUCUAACUAGGUAAAAUAUACAAACUAUUGUUUUGAAUAUUGUUUUUUGUCAAUUUGUCAAUUCUUCAGAAAUUUAUGCUCAAAAACUAUUCUUAUUUUGACAGGAAUAUGAUAUUUGACAUUCACAUUUUUAAGGUUCAAUAUUACCAUUCUCAUCACGUUCACUAUAAAAAACAAUCAGUUCGUAAUCUGUUCACGUUGUUAACUCGUAUUUUUUUCAAAUGUUUUAUAUAAUGAAGUACAUCAUAGGUUGGUUGACAUUAAACAUAACGUUUUUUGGGACGUCAUAUCUUACCUUAGAUAAUAGUUUGUUGUAUUAAUACAAUCAAUUUUUAAAUAAUAAUGACCAUGGACAAUUCAAAUUUAAAUAGAAUGUUUCCUCAAAUUCAAUUUGGUUUAUUCUAUUUAUUAGUUAUAUAAACAGAGUAGGUUCAUUAUCAUAGUAUAAUCAAACACUUUAGUUACAAAACUAAAAAACAGACAAAAAUGAAGGCAAUGAAAUAAAACAACAGUCAUAGUUGGCAUUAUUUUAAUCUACGUUAGCGAUACUACCCCUAACUCAGGGUCUGAAAAGUCGGAAAAAUGAAAAUUUCGCAAAUGCGAUAAAAAUGAUCUUGGUGAUCUAGUUAUAGUAUUCCGACACCAGAAAAUGGUUUUUAAGCGUUAUUUAAGUUCUAACGCUUCAUGCUGGGCUACAUAUGUGUUGUAUGCAGUCUAAGCUAUAUGGCUAUGUAGAGCUGAAGGUCUCAUAUGAAACUGGAGGUUCGCCAUUGGUAUUGUGGAUGGUACGGCAUUGCUUUGGCAAGUUCGACUGACUGUUCAUGCCCAAAAUUGAUUCGCUGGUUAACCGAUUUCAUUCAUAUUGGUGGUUGCUUUUCAGUGUUACCGAGGGCCAUUAUCAUUGGGACAUUGUAAGGCAUAUCGCUAUUGCUAACAUGGAUGAAUUUGACUGUCAUGUAAGCGGAAUUGGUCAACUUUGACCUGUUCGUGCUGUGCACAAUUGAUUCACGCGAUCAUUGAUCGGAAUAACUAUACAUGUGACGUGAAUGUGUAUAUGAUUGGUGCAAAUGGUCCACUAGGGUGCUUGGUAUCUGUGUGGUUGCGCCACAGGAUUGAGCUGUACUGUUGAGAUUGUAGCGUUAAAGCCUAUACGGUGUCUGCUUCUCCUGUGAAUGGGGAUUGAGCUGUACUGCUCGGGUUAUAAAAUUUAAGCCUGGACGGUGUCUGGCUGUCCUGUUAAACGGGAUCCAGCUGUACUGUUUGGGUUGUCACGUGAAAGUCUGAAUGAUGUCUGGUUCUCCUGAAGACCAGUGUAAAACUACCCUGGACCACAAGGGUAUAUUAUAUAACUAUGACCAUAGACAAUUCAAAUUUAAAAAGUAUGUUUCCUCAAAUUCAAUUUGGUUUAUUCUAUUUAUUAGUUACAUAAACAGAGUAGAUUCAUUAUCAUAGUAUAAUCAAACAAUUUAGUUACAUAACUAAAAAAAUAGACAGAAAAAUAAAAGAAAUGAAAUAAAACAACAGUCAUAGUUAGCAUUAUUCUAACCUACUUUAAAACAUUGAACUCUACAUUUGAUUAAUUAAAUAAACAAAAUUUAAGUAUACACACUUUCAAAUAAUUUGCCUCAUUGAUUCUGACAUUAUAAAACUCAAAUCUAAUCACAAUUGGUUUUAAUUACAAUUUUGAAAGUUUUCUAGUAAUCCAAAUAAACAAAAAGUUGAGACUUAACAUGUAGCUGUCAAAAGGGACUAAUCUAUUGAAAGUGAUUGCAAAAUAUAUAUGACAAAAUUAAUGUUUAUUUCUAUUUUAUUAAAUUGUAAAAUUUUAUAAUUAUAA